GUCCCACGACAUAUUCUAAGGGCUCUCGUAGAGAAAUUGCAACUGGACAGCGAAUUUGUGCUUUUUUCUGUCCAAAAUUCCCCAUUUGCAGCCCUAUUUUUUCCAUAAACUACUCCCUAAAUAAUAGUGCAAAAUUUUAGACUGCAAAACACUUGUUUCGACUGGCUGUGCAUUAAAAUUCCAUCAAAGACAAGAAAUCUCAGAAGCAGAAGAAACAACUUGUCAGGUUCUCCUUAGCAGCAAAUUUAUUAUUUAUGCAAAUACACUUGUAAUUUUGUGCAAAACCCCAAAAAAGUCGUUGCGGACACAGAGAAAUCUCCAGGUUGACCAUGCCCCGUGCAAAACGUCGUGCAGACGUCCUGCCAAUGCCCCCCGCCGAUGAAGGACACCGGCAAGCGUCCAAGAGGCAACGUCAGAGUUACACCAGCAGUAGUUCACGGCGAAACAGCAAGGCUGAUGAUGCCUUCAGCUCCAAGAGGUGCAUCAUGUGGUUCAAGAGGUACACCACAAUGGAUGAUCCAGACACCCUUGGCCCAGAUGGUAUGGAGAGAUUCUGCCAGGAGAUCGGCGUUGAGCCCGAGAAUGUCGUGAUGUUGGUGCUGGCGUACAAAAUGGGCGCCAGACAAAUGGGAUUCUUCACACAGAGUGAAUGGCUCAAGGGACUCACAGAUCUACAGUGUGACACCAUUGCCAAGGUGCAAUCCAAGCUAGACUAUCUCAGGACACUGCUCAAUGAUUCCAACACCUUCAAGAGCAUCUACAGAUAUGCCUAUGAUUUUGCCAGGGAUAAAGAUCAGCGCAGUAUGGACAUAGAUACAGCCAAGGCGAUGCUGCAGUUACUUCUUGGCAAACAUUGGAUUCUCUAUGCGCAUUUUGCACAAUUUGUAGAUCAGUCCAAGUACAAAGUCAUAAACAAAGACCAAUGGUCUAAUAUACUAGAAUUCUCCCGCACUAUUAAUACCGAUUUGUCCAACUACGAUGUGGAUGGAGCAUGGCCAGUAAUGCUAGAUGAGUUUGUUGAGUGGCUGAGACAUCAACGAAAUGGUGGAUCUACUAGCUGAAAUCAAUUCUCCCAUGAAUACCUCUAAAAUACUAUAAAUUUUAAAUUACAAGUAAAAAAAAAAGAAAUAAAAGAACCCAACUUAAGUAGACUCGAACAAGUUUAGUCAGUGUGGAGGAGAAUAUUUAUAAGGAGAUAACAAAUUUCAGUGGAUUUGAAUAUCCAUUGCAAUGUGAGGGUGGUUACACCUAAAGUAACCACCUUUUAGUCUUGUAGAUGAAAGAAAAAAAAACAGAUAUUGUAAAACAAAAUGCCUCUCACUGACUCAUGCAAGCAAAAAAAAAACAAAGAGUGAAGAAGAAGAAAAUAUAUAGCAUAAGAAUGGAGGACUUUUCUAUAAAAUACCUUUGUGGUAAAAAAAAAACUUGUUCGGCACAUUCAAAUGAUAAAAAAACAAGAUGUUUACAAUUAAUUAUACUUAAAAAAAAAGGAAGAAAGAAAAUGAAAUGAUUUUGAAACUAUAGAUUACUACAUUGUAUAAGUCUGUAUAACUUACAUUAAUAUUUAAAAAAAAAGAUGGUGUGAAAAACAUUGUACCCACUGCAAAGAAUCCAAUUUAUCUUGGAAAAUUUGAGACUUAUAAAUGUGGAGAAUGUGAAGGAGAUGAAAACAAGAUAACAGACAACCAAUUGCUUUACACGAUAACUUCGUCAGAUAAAAUUAAUGUAUCUAUAUUAUAAUUUUAAAUAUUUAAGUCAUAUUAAUUCUAAUGAAUAUACAAGCCACAAUUCUUUAGUUUUAACCCAUGUGCGUGCGCUAGAUGUGAAAGAAGAAGAAAAAAUGAAUAAUAUUCUCGUUGCCGCAAAAGCGCACCGCACUUUCUUGCGAAUGUAAAUAAAUUUUUGUGUUUCCGGAUGUCAAAGAAUAAAAUGGAUAUUUUUUUAUUGUAAUGUACAUUUUUUGUAAAACAAAUUGACUGCCUACUCUUUGUUGGAAGAGAGAAGAAGAAUUAAUAAAAAAAAAAAGAAGAAGCAUGAAGACAGGACUGUGUAGUAGCGAUGAAGAUAUUUAGCCCAAAAAAAAAACGUACCACAUUCAAAAUUUCAUUAAACUCAAUGCUAUACCUGUUUCGCAAUAAAAAUUACAAAUUCACAA